GUAAAGUGGACGAAGUUCGAUUUCUUAUCGAGACUGGUUGGCAAUAUUUGUUUUGGAAAAUGCACAACAACUUUUCGCGUCUCCUAAAUGGAAAAUAAUAGGAGUUUGCGGCCUGAGGACACGGAAAACGGGAAGUUUAAGUGCUGCUUUGACAACUGCAACUACGAGACCGACCGUGCCUACAACAGGUGGCGUCAUGAGGCGAGUCACUCGAAGGUGGAUUUGGAGGCACGGGCGUUCAAGUGCCAUUUGUGCUGGUACAGCUCGGACAAGGCAUCCAACAUAAAAAGGCACCACAACAAUCGACAUCCGGGUUGCGAGGCACCGGCGUACAAGUCCAUUAAGCCCGCCGCUAUCGUUUGCUACGUGACGGGAUGUACCUACUCAACGAAUCGUCCAUAUGACAUGAGGCGCCACCUCACGGUGCACAACAAUCCAUUGAGAGGCGACAAGGCGUUUAAAUGCUUGCUGUGCACCUACAGCUCUGAGAGGAAGGGGAACCUCAGGCGGCAUGUAGAUCUGCGGCACAGUGGCCUGAGUGGAAAAAACUCUUCCGAAGAAGAGGAGCCGGAGCCGGAGCUAGACGAAGGACCUAGUACGGUGCCGUUUGCACAGUUUGAGCCGAAUGUGCCGAGAUUCCGAUAUUCAUGUGCCAUGUGCAACUACAGCUCCAAAAGAAAGCAGAAUCUUGCUCGGCAUUUGGAGCAAGUGCACAGUGUCAAGAGUGGAAAAGAGUCCUCAAAUGAUGAAGCAGCGGAGCCGGACGUACGGCAGAAGGUGAAGCUGGAAGUAUUGCAAAAGGUGAAACUGGAAGUACUGCAGAAGGUGAAACUGGAAGUACGGCAGAAGGUGGAGUUGGAAAAACGGCGGAAGCCGAAGCCGAUUGUGAGCUAUAAAUGCUCGCUGUGCAGCCAGAGCUUCAAAAGGCAGGCGAACCUUGAUCGUCAUGUGGAUGCAGUGCACAAUUGGAUGAGUGAUAUAGAGUCCUCAAAUGAAGAAGAUGCGGAGUCGGAGUCAGAGCCGGACGUACGGCAGAAGGUGAAACCGAUUGUGACCAUCCAUACAUGCUCGCUGUGCGACUACAGCUCGAACAGGGAACCAAAUCUGAGGCGACAUAUGGAGCAAAGGCACAGGGGCUUGAGUAGAAAAGUGGUCUCACAUCAAGAAGAGGAGCAGACGGAACCGGACGAAGGGCAGCAGGUGGAGCCAAUUCAAAGCAGCUUUGUGCCGGACAGGAAGUCCACUCUGAGGCCGCGGCGGAAUGUGCGGUACAAUGGCUUGAGUGAUGUAGAAUACACAAAUAAGGAGUCUGAGCCGGAGGAAGUGCCGAAUUUGGCUGAUGCUGAAACGGGAAAGAAAGUGGUAGUGAAGACGAAAAAACCAAAACAGAAAAAGAAGGAACGACUGUACGAUGAGUUAUUUGAGGAAUUGGAAAAUGAUGAUAUGAUAGUUGUGGAAUGCCCCGAGGCGGAUGAAACGUUGGCACGAACGCAGGACACCAUUGGCCAAAAGCAGCUGAUAGCUGUCGAAUUAAAUGGCCAAUUGCACUGGUACGAGGCCAUUGAUCAACCCGCGGAUGAAGCGCUCCAGCAGGCCUUCAUCGACGAGCAGCCGCUGACAGUCGUUGGGCAGCAGGGGCAUGCACUUGUCGAGGAGCAGGGGCAGGCCCUCAUCGAGGAGCAGGAACAGGCCGAUGCCGACAAUAUGCAAAUGGAGGAUCUGGACAAUGAGCUGGCUCUGUCGAUGGCCGAGCACGACGUCCAGGGGGAUGAUCAGAAUAUGGAGUACGUGGAACUGGUGACGACAGAGGUACCGCCAGAGGUGACGACAGAGGCCCCGACAGCGGUGACGAUAGAGGUUCCAACAGAGGUGCCCCAACCUACUCAGCAGCAGCCAUCACCAUCGACAGCACCCAAGGAGCAGAAACCAGUACUGUCCUGGCGCUGGAGUGUACCUCAAGCGGCCAACGAAACAUUGACCAAUGCCACGGACCAUCCAAUAACCAUUACCUUGGAGACUAUCAUAGAGGAUGACUUUCCUUUUUGGUGGGACGACGGGGAAUACACGAAGAUGCACAAGAACACCACCUAUCGCGAGCACAACGGCACUACCAAGGAAAACAUCCAGCGUAUCCUCCGCAUCAUCUACGACCUGUACUACAAGCCGUUCAAGGAGGAUCGCAAGAUGUUUGAUGUCUUUCAGAUCAAAGAUUCAUGGCUCUGCGCCACACGGAUGACAAGAAUGCAAAUUAUUAAAGAUAUGUACUCCAAGCUGGGCACGUAGGCAAAACACGUACAUAGUUAUAUGUACUACUAAGUAUUGUAAGCUAUUUUUUCGGGAAGUGAAAGUGAUUUAAGUUUUUCUUUAUUAUUUCUACAUUUUUCCGAGUAUAAGCUAUCAAUAUUGCAACUGAUCGUAUUGAAUUAAAUCAAAACGGAUGCUUAAGAAAAAUGUUUAAACAAAGUAAGGUCCAAAAUCCCACAUUGUAGUUACCAUGUAAAAAAAAUUAAUUUAGUGGAAAUUGUUGACCGUUUUUGCUUAAGAAAAGGGUUUAAACCAAUAAAGAUGAGUCCUUAAAAUAA